CGAAAGGAUCACUGUUUAGACAGAUAUGGUAGAGGAGUGCGUUUUAUUUUCUGGCGCGUUAUUGUAGCUCUGGAGAGCCAGUCCUUUUUUCCAUUGUGCGCUUUCCCACCCCCUUUUUCAGCGUGCUCUCAUCGAACUUGAGCUCGAGAACGAACCUAUACCUAAACCUCAUGCACGCCCUCCCAGUGCAGGAUAGAUGAUGAUGAUGAUGAUCACAGAGGUAUCAGCAUGGAUCUGUGUGUUAUGGAUCUUGGAAGAAAGAUGAUGGGCUUGGUGCGCCUUGGUGCCUUGUUGCCCCGCCG